AUGAUAUGGUCGAUGAGUAAUAGAUUCUUGUUUACUUCAAUUAUAAAUGAUGAUGAUCAUGUUGAUGAAUCUCAAUCAUUAUUAAUAGUUAAAAAUGAUGAUCAAGUUGAUAUUGUUGUUAUGGAUGAUGAUGAUACAGGAUUAUCUGUUAUUAAACGUGAUGUUGGAUUAGUUACAAUUGUAUUUGCAUUAGUUGUUGUAUAUUUUAAAUUUUUUUUAAGUUUAGAAUAUGAACACUAUUGA